GUCUCACUGCUGCAUGGGACAUGUUCGUCAUGUGAUAUUCGUUGCUCGAGAAAAAGUUCAGUGAUCGCAUUGUCCACCUUUUUAUUUUUAUUUUGCCCGAAGCACUUUGCGCCGAUCCUUUGAGCCUGCAAAAUGGUUUCCGAGUGGGUGGCACCAAUCGUUAUCACCAGCAUUUGGGCCUUCAUUGGCAUCAUCUGCCCCUUCUUCGCCCGAGGUCCCAACAGGGGGGUGACUCAAUGCUGCCUGAUGCUCACCGCAGCAACAUGCUGGCUGUUCUGGCUGUGCUGCUACAUGACGCAGCUAAACCCUCUGAUCGGACCCACACUGAGCAUGAACGAAAUCAUGAUCAUGGCCCGCGAGUGGGGUAAUGAGAUCAAGGACACCAUGCCUGUCACCGUCUAACCCUAAUGUAUUCGUUUCACUUGUUUUGUUAUUGUUUCUUUAUCAAGGAUGUUCCGACAUUGUGUAUUAUUAAUUUCCACUUACUGUUCAAAGCAUAAAAUAAAUUGUAUUCGCGAUCACGCUUUGGGCAAGACGUUGUAGAAAAUCAUAGAUAAGCAACAUAAUUGUAUACUUAGUACGCGCAAAGAUGUAAAGUUAGUCUUGACUUUUUGGCCAAGCAUUCCCAAUAAUCGAGUGUCUUAAAAUGAAGAUUGAAACCUUAAAUAAAGUAUAUUUACACAUCA